UUUGCAUUUGUGCUGUCAAGACGGACUCUUAUAAGACCUGGUUUUAUUUUUGACAUCAUCAUGAGGAUUUCACAGCAUCUGCUGGUGUUCAUAUCAGUCCUAUCACUCACUAGAGCACAAACAGCAACUGUAGCAGCCACUGCACUGGAAAGCACCGUAGCGCCAGCAGAAAACGCAACCACGUCAGCUGCAGAGCCCUGGACAGCACCGGCUAUAUUCUAUCCAUUUCGCUCAGCAGCAGGAGACACAGAACAUUUUCUUACUGGUGAUGAAAGCUAUGAAUCUGUUGCCUUAUCCACUCCAUAUACAUUCUUUGGCCGCACAUACAACAGCUUAUAUGUUCAUUAUAACGGACUCCUUACGUUCAACCAACCUGAACCAGCAUCUGGACCUAACUAUAAUCCCACCAGAGGAGCUGAAGAUUUCAUCGCUCCGCUCUGGAGUGACCUUGAUGACAUGGGAUGGAUGGGCAUGUUCUCGUAUCAGCAGUACACAAAUGGAAGUGUUCUCACUCGUGCCACUCAGGAUAUAAACCAGUAUUUCCCUCAGAUGAACUUCACUGCUUCUUGGGUGUUUGUCGUCACUUGGGACUAUGUUGAUGCGGUGGAUAUGAAUUCAUUUAUUCGUCACUCAGCCCAGGCAAUCACGUUUCAAGUGGUUUUAAUUUCAAAUGGCAGUCUUUCUUUCUUUCUGAUAAAUUAUGGUGACUGCGCUGUGAUUUAUGAUCAAGUGGAGGCUGGGUACGACACAAUAAACUCCAUCGACCACUUUGUAAUUCCUGGUUCAACUAAUGGCUACUCCGUCUCAAACCUGAGGAACACGAGUAAUGUAAACGUUCCUGGUCGUUGGGCCUUCAGUGCAAACAGUGGAUUAGAAAGCAUCAUAGGAGUUCAGAUAAGACUUACAUCAUUUUCAGACUUAACACAGAGUGAAAACAUUGAGGCUGUUUUGCUGAGAAUAAAACAAGAUCUGUUCAGUCGUGGACUGUCAAGUAGCAUCCAGAUGAAGUUAAGGGAAGUUAAAAAGACACAGCCGUAACAUCAGCCUCAUUCAUGGAGGGAAAUUAAAGCACAAACUGGUUCAUAAAGUCUAUGAUGAUGAAUUUCACUGACAUUAUUAAGAUGCAGAAACUGAUAAUGAGGGGAAUGUCACUGCACAGAAAAGGAACUUGUAUAAUGUCUCACUCUUCAACUUGCUUUCUGUUUCAUUUAUAUACAUACAUAAUUGAGCAUAAAAAAAAUGAUCCAUCAGUCUUUUUCUUUGUCACAUCAUGUUUUGUAAUAUCAGGUCUUUUUAAUUGCUUUUGGGUUUAAAACUCUUCAAACUUAAGAAAUGAAAGUCUAAGUUCAUUUACUAAAACAGAACUUAAGACAAAUACUUGACCAAGCUGUAAAAUAUGUGUUUUGCCUUUUAAACUUUGAAUGGUCUUAAUGGUCACUGCUUUAUUAUAGUAAGAAUGAAGUAACCAUGUUUUUGUUGUUGUUGUUGUUGUUGUUUUUGGUGUAUUGAUUACCAUUUGUAUAACCACAGAUUUACUUCAAAUACCAUGGUUAAACUAUGGCUAUUGUAGCAAAACAAUGAUUACUUUGUGGUUAUCAAGAUCUAACUAUAGUAACCAGGGUUUAUUUUUUUAUUUAUUUAUUUUUAAUUUUUUGGUUUUAUUUGUAGUAAAACCAUGGUUAGUUUUCGGAAGGGAGGGGAAAUUGUAUAUUUCUUUACUCACCUCUAGAAGGAGACAGCAGCUUAGUGACGAUGAGUGAGUUACUUUAAAACAACUCUUUAAUUUUAAUAUUAGUUUCAAAAUCAUUUUGGUGGUGCACUGACUUAUAAUAAGACGAAUGUAAGUUUGCAAAAAAAUACACAAUUUUGGACACAGCUUGUGAAAUAGUUUGAUAAGCUCAACAUUUUACAUCACAAUAAUGUUGCUGUCAUAAUCUUUAAUUAUUAAUAUGUAACAUGCUUAUUGUGAAAAUAAAAUGCCAUUUUAGCUCACAAAAUAGUUUUACAUUGUAUUCAUUAGCCUACUAACGUCAUGUUUUAGUUUUUGGGUACUGUUAAUGGUAGCUAUGUUUUUUUGGAUGUUUGAUUUAUUUUAUUGAUUUCAUUUGACAGUGAUAAACUCAACGUUUUCUGUGGAAAUCUUAGUAAUCAGACAUUAAUACUAUUACCACUGACUAAACCCACUGUUCAUUUUGUUAGUGUCAUACGUUUGUCAUUUUCUAGCCCUAAAAUGAUAGUUAAACUAUUGAAUAUCUAUAUUUCCAUACUAAAAACUUCAGGCUAAACUGAUUGUGUUUCUGCGUCUAGAAAAACUCUAGUCUUAAUUUCAUUUAAUUCACUUGAACAGCAGGUGGCGACAAAGUCCGUCACAAAAGAGAUAUUAUUGUGUUGUUUAUUUAGCGUUUAGUGACAUCUGAUCUGAUAUAUCAUCAUCAUACAGUGACUGAUACUGAGAUUGUUCAGUCACUCUGACUCACAAAUAAUGAAUUUUAAAAAGUGUUAUGCAGUUUCUGUAAGUAGCCUACUAAAGUGUGUGAAUACAAAGUAUAAUUUAUGGUUUCUAGAGAAUCAACUGUUCAUGUGUCAGUGGGAUUUUUGAAUAAAUAUUAUUAUUUGUGAUUCUCA